CCAGGCCCAUGGGGUUCUCUCAUGGACUCAAAAUAGUCAGGAGUGUGUGUGUGUGUGUGUGUUCCACACUUAUUGCCUAAUGUGCAUGUGAAAGUGUGUGUUGAGGUGUGACAGAAAGGAAGAGGAAGAGAGAGAGGAAAAGGAGGAGAGAGAAGAUUGAUCCUGUGAACUGACCUUGGGCACUCUUAGUGACCUCUUUAGAGGGUCCCUGGUGCCUGGCUCAGAGAUGAAGGACCCCAGGAAAGUCUUCCCUGCAGUCUCUCUGUUGCUCCUUCUGAUCUCUUAUUCCUCAGCCUCUCCAGCCUCUGACCACCGACCGAGAGCCAGCUACUCUAAUGGCCACGUCUGUGUAGGAUGUGUAUUGGUGGUAUCUGUGAUUGAACAGCUCGCACAAGUUCACAACUCCACUGUCCAGGCUUCAAUGGAGAGACUAUGUGGCUAUCUUCCAGAAAAACUGUCCUUGAAAGCCACCUGUCACUUAGUGGUGCACAUGUUUGGGCCAGACAUCAUAAAACUGCUCGGUACAGCUGUGAAUGCAGAUGUAGUGUGUCACACACUAGAAUUUUGUAAGCAAGCUGCUGGACAACCCCAGUGCCAUCUUUACCCGCUUCCCAAGGAGCCAUGGGAAUUCACACUAGAGAAGGCAAGAGAAAUUGUCAAGAAACCAUCUCCUGUGAAAUAUCCCGGAGGUGCUUCCGAUAUUUGUUCACUCCCAUUUUUGACCAAGAUAUGUGAGAAGAUUAAAUUAUCUAUAAAGUACUCUGUGCCAUUCAAAGAUGCGGAUUCUGACAAAUACAGCAUUUUCCCAACACUGCGGGGCUAUCACUGGAGAGGGAGAGACUGUAACGACAGUGACAAGAUGGCGCACCCAGGCAGAAGGCCAGCCAACUGGGAUGCACAGUAUGACUCAAACUGUAACGGCAUCUGGGGUGUCGAUCCCAAAGAUGGAAUUCCAUAUGAGAAGAAAUUCUGUGAAGGUUCACAGCCCCGGGGGAUCAUUUUGCUGGGAGACUCUGCUGGGGCUCAUUUUCACAUUGCUCCUGAAUGGAUCACAGCUUCACAGAUGUCUUGGACCUCCUUCUUGAAUUUGCCGAUGGCUCUUACCAAUGAGCUUGACUGGCCCCAGCUGUCUGGAGCUACUGGAUUCCUGGAGUCCACCAGCAGAAUUGAAGGAAAGUCGAUUUACCUUCGUUUACGGAAAAGAAACCGCUGCAACCACAGAGACUAUCAGAAUGUUUCUAGGAACGGUGCAUCUUCCCAAAACCUGGAGAAAUUUAUAGAAAGCUUGUCUAGGAACCAAGUGUUGGACCAUCCAGCCAUUGUCAUAUACGCCAUGAUUGGAAAUGAUGUCUGCAAUGGGAAGGUUGAUCCAGUUCCCCAAAUGACUACUCCUGAGAAAUUAUACUCCAAGGUCAUAAAGAGUCUGAAUUACUUGAAUGCCCACCUGCCCAAGGGGAGCCAUGUGAUUCUGUAUGGUUUGCCAGAUGGAGCCUUUCUCUGGGAUAAUCUGCAUGACAGAUAUCAUCCUUUAGGUCAGCUAAAUAAAGACGUGACCUAUGCACAGUUCUUCUCCUUCCUGAGCUGCCUCCAAGUUACCCCCUGUCAUGGCUGGAUGACUUCCAACAAGACCCUCCGGACUCUUACUUCAGAGAGAGCAGAAGAACUGUCCAAUACCCUGAAAAAAAUUACAACCAGUGAGAAAUUUACAAACUUCGAUCUUUUCUACCUGGAUUUUGCCUUCCAAGAAAUCACAGAUGAAUGGCAGAAGAGAGGCGGGCAGCUCUGGCAGCUCAUAGAACCCGUGGAUGGGUUUCACCCCAGCGAGGCAGCUCUGCUGCUGUGGGCAGAAUAUUUCUGGAAGAAGGUGCAGCUCCAGUGGCCCCAGGUCCUGGGAAAGGAGAAUCCACUCAAUGCCCAGAUUGAACAGGUGUUUGGGGACCAAGGUGGGCACUGAGUGCCUCCAGGCACUUGCCCUCAGGCAGAAAUGUGGACGAAUGUCAUUGGACAACCCCUGUGCAAAGGGGGUGCUACGUCACAGGUGGAACAGAUCUUCACUGACUGAAUGUUUUAGAAGGGGAGAAAGAGCACUCCUCAACUGAGCCAGAGCGAGGUGCUUUGGGCCCUGAGAUUCCCUUUCAUAAAGCGCUUGGCACAAAGUGCCAAGCAAGGGGCUAUCUGUGCCCUUCCCCCAGUGAAUCAUUCCAAAAGGGGCUCCUAAAAACUCACCAAGCACCAGCUAUCGUCUUCAAUUUCCAGGGGAUCUCUGUGUGCUCUGAAAGACUGGCCCUCCCCUGUUAGUGACCUCAAGAUGCCCAGCAAGCAGCAACACCUCCUUGAAAGGCUCCUGGCCAAUGGUCAAGGUCACCCACAAGCACGGACAAUCCUGAUCGUAUGAGUCCUCUUUAAAUACCAAAUGGAGGGGCUGGGAAGGUGGCUCAGUGGUAGAGAGCUUGCCUUGCAUGCCUGAGGCCU